GAAUCAAACCACCUUCAACAAACAACACAAGAAUCAAACUUUCUUCAACUCAUAUGCAUUAUAAAACAAUUCUCGAAAGCAAAAAGAAGAAGGCAUUAGCACGUUUCCGGGCCAGGCCAACCCCACAUUUUCCACUUUACUCCCAUUUGCAUGCAUGAAAAAAUGGCCAAGGCAUCCUCUUUUUUCGAGUGAAUGAAGGAUAAAAAGUGUUGUUUUCCCCAAAAAAACUGAAGUUUCAGGGUUGAAUUCUGGAGCUGUAAUGGCGGAGGUUCCUGUCGACUUUGAGGUGGAGAUAGAGAGAGAUAAUGGAGAUGGGAGAGAGGGCAAUGGAGCUGAUGGAUUGAAGAAGAGUGAGGGCAGCAAUGGGGUUUCGAGGGAUCAUUGCAGGUUGAGAUAUUCAGGAUCGGUUGACAGGAAUCUUCGCAGACAGAAAUCUGGACGUAUGGAGAAGUUGGCAGAACAGCAUUCAGAUCCCACGUCCAGUCAGCUUAGCAAAAUUGAGAAAAAGAAACAUGAGCACACUAUAGUCUUGGCAAAACAGUUUUUCGAUAAAAACGUGCUUUCUAAAAAGAAGCUCAAAAUGUUGAAUCGGCUGGCCACCGUUCAAAAAGACGGAACUGUAAAACUUGACGUUCCCGGAGACAUUAGUGUUAGCAACCAACAUCUUGAUUUUGGUACCAAAGAAACGUAUUGUGGAGAUGGAGAUAAAGAAGCUGGAGAUGCAAUAUUGCUACCUCCUCUUCAGAUUGUAAUGCUAAUCGUUGGGACAAGGGGAGACGUGCAACCGUUUGUUGCCAUUGGAAAACGGUUACAGGCAGAUGGUCAUAGGGUUCGACUUGCCACUCACUCGAAUUUCAAGGACUUUGUGUCGACAUCUGGAUUGGAAUUUUAUCCUCUCGGUGGAGACCCGAAAGUCCUUGCUGCUUACAUGGUCAAGAAUAAAGGCUUCUUGCCAUCGGGACCUUCUGAAAUACAUAUUCAAAGAAGCCAGAUAAAAGAAAUCAUUUUCUCCCUGCACCAAGCAUGUCAGGCUCCCGAUCCCGAUACCGAUAUCCCUUUCAAGGCAAAUGCGAUAAUUGCCAACCCUCCUGCAUAUGGACACACGCAUGUUUCCGAGGCACUUGAUGUACCGCUGCACAUAAUUUUCACUAUGCCAUGGACACCAACAAGUGAAUUUCCACAUCCUCUUUCUCGUGUAAAGCAACCGGUUGCAUAUAAAUUGUCCUAUCAAAUUGUCGAUGGUUUAAUCUGGCUGGGAAUACGUGAUAUGAUAAACGAGUUCAGGAAGAAAGAGCUAAAGUUGAGGCCAAUUACAUAUCUAAGCAAUUCGCAUAGUUCUCCUCCUGACAUUCCUUAUGCAUACAUUUGGAGUCCCCACCUGGUUCCUCAGCCAAAAGACUGGGGGCCGAAGAUUGAUGUGGUGGGCUUUUGUUUCCUCGACCUUGCUUCAAAUUACGUACCUCCAGAUUCACUAGUGAAUUGGCUUAAUAAUGGUAAAAAGCCUAUCUACAUUGGAUUUGGAAGUCUUCCUGUGGAAGAGCCUGAAAAAAUGACUCAGAUAAUUGUUCGAGCUCUUGAAAUCACCGAACAGCGUGGCAUCAUUAACAAAGGCUGGGGCGGCUUGGGAAACUUGGCAGAGACGAAAGACUUCGUCUACUUACUGGAUAACUGCCCCCACGAUUGGUUGUUUACUCGAUGUGCAGCUGUGGUUCACCACGGAGGUGCUGGAACAACGGCUGCUGGUCUUAAAGCUGCUUGCCCAACUACGGUUAUACCAUUCUUCGGAGACCAACCAUUUUGGGAAGAGCAGGUGCAUGCCAGAGGAGUGGGUCCUGAACCAAUCCCCGUCGACCAAUUCACCUUGGAAAAAUUGGUUUCCGCCAUCCGGUUCAUGCUAGAUCCCGAGGUCAAAAGGCAGGCUGAAGAACUUGCUAGAGCGAUGGAACACGAAGACGGUGUUACAGGAGCUGUGCAAGCUUUCUAUAAACAUUUUCCACGCGAGAGUUUGGAGGCGAAGCCUGAGAAGCCCCAUCCUCGUUCUCGCUCGUUUCCUUUCAGGAGUUGCUUCAGUUGUUCGACCACCUGAUGCACCUCACGCGAAUUGUCCCAGCUUCACACAUGAGAGAUUAUGAUUGCAAAUAGUGCUUCAUCUGCUCGUGCUCGUUGGCAGUAGGCGGAGUUCUUAUAAACGUGAACAUUAUUGAAAAAUCGAGGCUGCCUUUCACUAGCUAUGGAUACGAUGCCAGUGUUAUUGAUGAUGAAAUAAAUAUUGUCUGGAAAUAGUAUGUCUUUGUUGAUUAUGAAUG